AUGACGGCCUGUCAAACAGCUGUCACAAAUGAAUUGGAAGCCAAGGCAGUGCUAAAGGAAACAGAGGCUGCUCUGGACAAAGCAAUGAAAGAGUCUGAGGCACUUGAGUCAUCACAAGAACUUGAUGAAGAUGAAGAAAAGGAAGAAGGGCAGGUCAGCGAUGUGUCUGAUGCAGAUGAACCACCUGAAAAGACAAAGACACGUAUGGAAGCUGAGGGGAGUUCACGUGUGUUGAUGCCUGGGGUCGAGGUGCCCUCUGCGCCUCCUGCUGAAAAGAAAGAGAAACGAAAGGAGGUAUACACCGAGGAGAAACAGCACCCAGCUGUGCUGUUCUUGAAAAAGCAUGGAGUCGCAGUGGGGACUGUGUUGCUCUUUGCUGCAGCUUCUGUUGUAUUCCUUCAGUCAUCCACUGGCAAGACUCUGCUGGCCUCAGCGGGUGGCUUUUUCAGCAAGUUGUCAUAUCACCUGGGUCAACUCUGGCACUACAUCAUUCCAUCUUCACAUGCGGGCGAGGAAGGUUUCCUCCAGACCAUUUGGCUGCUUCUUAUGAGUGUCGUGAUGGUCCCACUAGUCUUAAAGGGCAUCCCAGGCGGGACCCCCAUCUUGGGGUUUCUGAUAGCUGGUGCUCUGGUAGGGCCGCAUGCCCUGGGAAUAGUCAAGAACAUGGAGGGGGUCCACAUGCUGGGGGAGCUGGGCGUUGUGUUUCUGCUCUUCAACAUCGGCUUGGAGCUGAGCUUGGAGAGGCUGAGGUCCAUGGCCAAAUUGGUCUUUGGCCUUGGAACUGCCCAAGUGCUGGUCACUAUUUUGGCAGUGGCAAUGAUCGCCGUUUCUCAGACUGGUGUGUCAGGAUCAGCGGCAAUUGUUGUUGGCUGUGCUCUGGCUUUGUCAUCCACAGCUGUGGCCAUGCAGGUACUGCAAGAUCGUGGUGAGAAUGGAUCAAGACAUGGGAGGGCCACAUUCUCUGUUCUGCUGCUUCAGGAUUUGGCAGUUGUUGUUGUCCUCAUCAUGAUUCCCUUGCUGGCUCCAAAGAAUGGUGCAAUGGCUGGGGGCAUCCAUCAUAUCCUCAAGAUCCUUGGCACCGCAGCUGUGAAAGCUGCAGUGUGCAUAACAGGCAUCAUUGUUGGUGGCCGUGUGCUUCUGAGGCCCAUCUACAGGUCAAUCGCAGGUUUUGAGAACAAGGAGAUCUUUGCUGCCCUCACCCUGCUUGUUGUGCUGGGAGCAAGCAAGCUCACUGAGGUGUCGGGCCUGUCGCUGGCCCUGGGGGCUUUUCUUGCAGGCCUCUUGCUGGCAGAGACAGAGUACGUGCUGCAGGUUGAAUCUGACAUUGCCCCUUAUGAGGGGUUGCUGAUGGGGCUGUUCUUCAUGACUGUUGGCAUGGAGAUCUCUGUCGGGCCACUUUUCGCACAGUGGAAGUCAGUUCUCACAUCCUUGACCAUCCUUCUUGCUGGAAAAGUUGCAAUCAUGGCUGCCGUGGGGCCCUGUUUUGGGCUGUCGCGGGUGACAGCCAUUCGCUCUGGGCUGCUGCUUGCUGCUGGUGGCGAGUUUGCCUUCGUGACUUUGGGUGAAGCAGAAGUCCAGGGCAUCUUGCCAUCGCCAAUCGUCAACCAAAUUUAUCUCGUGGUGGCACUUAGCAUGGCUCUUCUUCCAUACCUUGCAAUUUUGGGUGGGAAACUUGGCCAGUUGUUUGAGAAGAGUGAUAUGAGGGCUAUGCAACCUCGUGGCGAGGAGACUGGCAGCCAGAAGGGCCACGUCAUCAUUGCUGGUUUUGGCAGAGUGGGGUCUCUCAUAGCAGGUCUGCUGAGCGAAAGGCUGAUCCCGUAUGUUGCGCUUGAUGUUCACAGUGACAGGGUUCAGAAUGGCAAGGCUUUGGACCUUCCUGUUUACUUCGGGGAUGCUGGCAGCCAAGCAGUGCUUCAGAGCGUUGGUGCACAGAAUGCUGCCUGCAUUGUGGUGGCGCUUGAUAGCCCUGGUGCCAAUUAUCGAUGUGUCUGGGCUGCGAGCCGCCACUUCCCCCAUGUUCCGAUCUACGUCCGUGCACGAGACGUGGACCAUGCAAGGAAUUUGGCAAAAGCCGGAGCUUCAGUGGUUGUGCCAGAGACUCUCGAACCGAGCCUGCAGCUUGCCGCAUCUGUUUUAAGUCAGACUGAGGUGUCCACGGAGGAGGUUGGCGUCAUCAUCGACAGCUACCGGCGCACCCAUUUUGCAGAGCUGGCAAGCCUCGCAAGGGAGACGGGCUACAGCAUGGGUUACGGCUUCAGCCAAAUGGAAGACGGCAUCAUGGAGGAGGAUGACGACUUGGACACGGCCGCCUUGGGAACGGCAGCAGCGCCCGAGGGCGCUUGA